UUUAGAUAGGAGAUGGUUGUCAUGGCAACACGAGCAACGCUGGGUCAGCGGAAACAUGGUCGAGUAUGCGCACAUCUCGCGAACGGACCAAAUAACACACAAAAAUUAAUCUUCAAAAUGUCGUACAGGGAUUUGCGAAAUUUCACGGAAAUGAUGAGAUCGUUGGGGUAUCCAAGGCUGAUAUCCAUGGAGAAUUUUCGCUCACCAAACUUUGCUCUUGUCGCUGAAGUACUAAUAUGGCUAGUAAAAAGAUAUGAUCCUAAUGUGGAGUUGCCAAUGGACGUCGAGACUGAACAAGACAGAGUUCUGUUUAUCAAGGCUGUUGCUCAAUUCAUGGCAACCAAGGCCCACAUCAAGCUGAACACCAAAAAGCUGUAUGGAGCUGACGGUUAUGCUGUCAAGGAACUUCUCAAGGUCACCAGCGUACUCUACAAUGCAAUGAAGUCUAAUGUGACGGAUGACGAGGCUGAGCCGUCAGACGUUACCUCACUAACAUUUGACAUUUCUUCAAGGAUCAGUGACCUGAAAGCAUCAAGGCAACUUGCCUCUGAGAUUACAACAAGGGGUGCUGCCCUUUAUGAUCUGCUGGGACACGAGGUGGAGCUCCGUGACAUUCGGACGAGAGCUAUCGCCAAACCAUUGGAGGUGAAUGAGCUGGAAAAUGGUAUCAAGAAAAGCAUAUCACUGGCACAGGAUGACAUCAGAAAAACAACUCAGAUGCUGGACAACAUUGCAUCAGAUGAGGCGAAUCUGGAGGCCAAAAUUGACAAGAAAAAGCAGGAGCUGGAAAGGAAUCAGAAGCGACUACGCAGUCUUGAAAGUGUCAGACCGGCAUUCAUGGAUGAAUAUGAAAAACUCGAAGAAGAAUUAAAGAAAGUCUAUGAGACAUAUAUGGAGAAACAUAGAAAUCUGUCGUACAUGGAACAGCUGCUAGAUGACGUAAACAGAGCAGAACAGGACCGCUUUGAGGAAACCGAAGCAAAGAGCCUGCAGGAGAGAUUACAGGAGGAGGAGCGUAGAAUGGCGCCGGGCAACGAGCUAGGAGGCCUAGACGUGGAGGAUGGCGAGGACGAGAUCGUCCUGGACGCAGGGAACAAGCAAAACAAUAGACCAGGUGAAGGCAAGCGUGUUUUCGGCUCCAUGGGUGAUGACAUCGUUGAUUCAGAUGAGGACGAGAGCGGUUCCUUGUCAUCUGGUGACAGCGAGAUCGGCGUGGAUGACGAUGAUGACUUGUUGGAUGAUGAUGAUGUGGGUGAGGGUGGAGUCGACGGAGAACAGCAAUCAGAAGGCAGCCUUAACGACAGCGACAAUGACUUCUAAGUCUCUCGCAGAGUGUCUCGGCGAAAAUCACUUAUGUACCUGAAGACAAUGACUACACUAUCCGAGUAUGAAGCCCUUGGUGACUAUCAUUCAAAUUUUCAGACACCAAAGACAAUGUCUUUUAAUCCUCUCACAGUAUAGCACUGAAUCACUGGAUAACAAUCCUGUGUACAGCACCCAAAGACAGUGAUUACUUAACACCCUGCAUCCAAGCACUUUGCCUCGGAACUACACCAGCUCGACAUCAAGACAACUCACCUCUACCAUCACCAAACAGAACUUGAAGUACAAAAUGAGUUUAUUAUUGGUUAAAUUGCUAAUAGGUGGCUUGAACUAUGUCCGUACUGUCUUGUGUUAUGAUCAGUCUUAUCAGUAUUUUUCUAAAAUACGAAAAUAAAAACAAUGUUUGCCUCGUU